AGACUUUGCCAACACAUAGAGAGAGCGAGAGAGAGAGAGAGGCAGCGAGGGAGGCUGGCUGUGUAAUGAAUAAGCUACUCAUUUCUAUUCCAACUGGAAAUUAGCCUAAACCUUUCCCUCCAAGUGUGUGUGUGCGUGUGUAUCGGCCUACAGAGUUGUUUGUCCUGAGCCAGCAGGAAAUAAACUGCAGGUUUGGAUUUCUCUGUAUUGGAAUAAGAACCUUGCGGCCCCUCAAACUUGGCAUGAAAUAAGGAAUUUUUACACAAGCAAUGUCGAGAUGGGCAGUGGUGUCCGCCACGGGAGGAGGAAAGUUGAAAACAAUGCAUUUGUCAUUUUGGGAAAUGCACUUAUUCGGUUUCUUGAUUAGAGUUAGAUGAGAACGUUGAUAGGCUACUACUCUUUUAACUGUACAGUCAAUAUGUGGCUACAACCAGCAGUUAGCAUAAAGGCUGAAAACAGUGGAAACAGCUAGCCUGGCUCUGUCAAGAGGAAACAAAGGCACUCUGUUUACAGUCUAUGUGCUAAGCUAAGCUAACCGGCUGCUGGCGGUAGCUUCAUACCACAACCACAAAAUUGGUAUCAAUCUCCUAAUCUAACUAUUAUUUUAAAUUAAGACUUUAUUUGUUCUAGAGUAACACUGUUCUAUCUGUGGUCAGUCUAAUCAAUGCCAUGUUUUGGACAGACUAAAUCCAGGGAUAGCACAACGACACAUCAGUAGUGUGAUAAUUGUCAAUAAAGAGCUGCACUCUCAAGACAGACCUUUAUCUCACUCUAUCACACUAUUAAACUUAAGUGCUCUCUUCACGUCAUUAUCUGUAUUUUCCUUAAACGAGACUAUCUUCUCCGCCUCAUGAGACACUGAUGGAUUAUGGACAGUCACAGAUAAGGGACACCGUGGUGCGCUCCCAUUAAGGUGAAACAUGGGGACGUGAGCUGUCGCACACCCAGAGGAGAACACUACAGGAACGUGAUGGGGUCUCGCUGUAAAAUCCGCUGCAAGCAGGGAUAUGAGUCCCAGAGCUCCGAGGUGGUGUGUAUGGCCAGCAAACACUGGUCCUCCAACUACGCCUGCCGCGAGAUCCGCUGUCCCAAGCUGAACAUGCCCGCUAACGGCGGCUACAAGUGUUCGGACGGCUCUUACUUCAACUCUCGCUGUGAGUUCUUCUGCUCCCCCGGAUUCAGUCUGAAGGGCCAUAAGACGGCAACCUGCCAGCACAACAAGGCAUGGAGUGCUGAAGUCCCCACCUGUGUUGAUAUGGAAAAUCCAAAAAUCAAGUGUCCUAAUCUAAAGGAUAAGUGGGCAGAACCAGGAAAACUGACAGCGAGGAUGACCUGGGACAAACCAGAGGGUGUAGACACUGCAGAUGGCAUCCUUACAGAUGUUAUCCUGAAAGGGAAACCUUCAAAAUCAGACUUCCCAGAGGGGCUCCAUAAGAUGUCCUACACUGUGUUUGACCGUGCAGGGAACAAAGGAUCCUGUCGCUUCACUGUCAGAGUGCGAGUGCGCCGCUGCAGCUCACUGUUUCCCCCAGACAACGGUUAUAUGAAGUGUGGCAGUGACGGCGACAACUACGGUGCCACUUGUGAGUUCACUUGCACCGGCGGCUACGAGCUGCAGGGCAGCGCUGCCAGAGUGUGUCAGUAUGGAUUCACCUGGUCUGGCACAGACACAACCUGCGCUGCCAUGAACAUUAACGUGGGAGUGCGCACGCCUGCUGCACUGCUGGAUCAGUUCUAUGAGAAACGACGGCUCCUCAUUAUCUCGGCCCCAACGGCUGCCAAUCACAAUUACCGCUUCCAGAUGACUAACUUACAGCACGCUCAGUGUGGACUCGACCUCAGGCACGUCACAGUAAUUGAGCUUGUUGGGACUUACCCAGCUCAGAUUGGCAGGAUUCGACACAGGCUGCUCCCUCCACCACUGGCCCUGCAGCUCAGGUUACUCCUCCGGAUUUCUCAAAGGUCUUUCCAAAUGGUGCUGGUCGAUAAGCAGGGCAUGGACAAGCAACGCUACCCGUUCCCGAUCACAGCGGCUGAAUUAUUCACCACUAUUGACACCUUCCCCCUCCGCAAGGACGAGAUGGUGCUACAGCAGGAAGCGGGCCAGAACUGUCAAUAAUAAGACACGUCCACGGACUCUCAGCCAUCUUUGAUCCUUCUCCUCCUCCGUCACCGCAGACAGAUCUUCUGUUUUUAACGUGUCACACACUCAUACCUGAACUCAUUCAGUCCUGUUUCCAUAGGUGUGAGUGCGUCUGUGUGUGCGCUGAUCUGAAGCAUUAUUGAAAGAGGUUUACUAAAUGUAACGGGUCAUACAGUACAUUACAAUCAUAUUGAUUCCUGUCUCUUGUCUAUCUGUAUGUUUUAUUAUUAUUUUAAAUGUUUUCAAAGCAGAGAUAUGUUUUACUAUUUUAUAAAAAAAAAAUAUUUUUACUGUAUAAACUGGGAAACUCUUCACCUGUCUAAUAUUUAUAUCUCACAUCUUUAAAUAAUGAUGUACACUCUCUUGAAUACUGUGUGUGCUUUAUGUGCAGGACAGCGAUGCUGCUCUGUUAGUACUUAGUACUGAAUUUACAAGACACCAAUUAAAUAUGUCUAUCAUCGAG